UUAUUAUUUCAAACUGUACGUACGUAGGAUUAGGAUGUAGGUUUGUCGAGUGGGUUGUUCAUUUCCGCUAACGCACACACCUCUGACGACUCGAAAGUGAGAACAAUUUACACUUUUGUUCACAACUAAACACCCUGCCAGCGGCAAAAGCUGACAGAGAGUGUCCAUGACAGCAACAUGCCGGAAUUAAUCAGCGUUUUGGAGUUCGUAAAUGAGACAAAUGAGGAUCUUAAUUCGCCAACCACGUCGAGUUUCGUGGGGAAAAUGGGAGCCUGUCGCAACGUUGUUGCCCAGUUGGAAGAGACAUUGGAUUCAGACAGGAGCGGCCUUGGUAAGAUGAGGAAGUCAGUUAAGAACAUCUACAACACCGGGAACACAUAUGUUGGCAACCUGCUUUCAUUUGCCGAAAACCUGGAAAAGUUGGGCUCAUCGACGUUGUCGAAAGAGAAGGAGCCAGAUCUAGGAGCUGCCUUCUUGAAGUUCUCGGUCAUCACUAAGGAACUGGCUGCUCUCCUUAAGCAUCUGGUACAAAACAUCAACAACAUUGUGAUGUUCCCGCUGGACUCGUUACUGAAGGGCGACCUCAAAGGCCAGAAAGGAGACAUGAAGAAAACGUUUGAGAAGGCCUGCAAGGACUACGAAUCCAAAUACACCAAAAUUGAACGGGAGAAGAAGCAGUUGGCCAAAGAGGCAGGGCUCAUCAGAACAACGAUAUCAGGCCCUGAGGUGGCUGAGGAAAUGGAGAAGGAAAGGAGGAUGUUCCAGUUACAGAUGUGCGAGUACCUCAUCAAAGUGAAUGACAUCAAGGCCAAAAAGGGGGCGGAGCUAGUCCAGCAUCUAGUGGAAUACUACAGGGUGGAAAACAGUUUCUACCAGGAGGGCUUGAAGACAAUCGAGCAUUUCAAGUCCUACGUCGACGAGCUGGCGGAGAAUGUCAACAAGAUCAAGACGAGACAUGACGAAGAGAAGAAGAAACUACUUGACCUCAGGAACCUUCUCAAGACAAGUCUGUCGUUAGAUAAGGAGACUCCACCAGAGAAGCAAGGCUACAGCCUCCACCAGCUCCAGACCGACAAGGCCCUGGGCACAGAAAAGACCGGCUUCCUGCACAAGCGCACCGAGGGCUUGCGCAAGGUGUACCAGAAACGCCGCUGCGAGAUCAAGGACGGUUAUCUGGGCAUCGCCCACUCCACGGUCAGCAAGGCGCCAGUCCGAAUGAACCUGCUGACUUGUCAGGUCAAACCCUCCCUGGAGGAACAGAGCAAAAAGUACUUUGACCUCGUAGCAAGGGAUAGGACCUACCACUUCAUGGCCGAGACCGAAGAAGAAGCCGCUGAAUGGAUCUCCGUGCUCAACAACAGCAAGAAGUACGCCCUGGACGCGGUCUUUGACGACAGCAACUCGCCGUCUGACAUCCCAAACAAGGGCCUGCAGGAGCUGACGCAGUGCAUCGUCGGGCAGGUCCGGCGGCUGCCGUGUAAUGAUAUCUGCUGCGACUGCUCCGCGCCAGAUCCACAGUGGUUAUCCACCAACCUGGGUAUCCUGACGUGUAUAGAAUGCUCCGGUGUCCAUAGGCAGCUGGGCGUGCACAUAUCGCGGGUCCAGUCCUUGGAGUUGGAUAGACUAGGCACGGCACAACUUCUUAUAGCAAUGACCGUUGGCAAUGCUGACUUCAACGAUGUCUUUGAGGCUAGACUGGAGCCGUCCAAGAAACCGGGACCAAAUAGUACUAUGGAUGAGAGGAAGCAGUUCAUCUUUGCCAAGUACGAGAAACGGAAGUACGUCUUGAAGACGAGCCCUAGCUCUUCCGUCAUGCUGCAAGAUCUGAGGCAGGCUGUGUUGUUAUCAGACAUCGGCCAGCUGCUCAGGGUGUUCGCGGAGGGCGUGGACCUGUCUGCUCCUGUGUCUGACACGUACAACAACGAGACAGCGCUCCACUUCGCUGUCCGGCAGCAAGACGACUCCAACCUCCACAUUGUGGAUUUCCUGGUUCAGAACCUCAGUCGCAUGGACCAGUUUAACCACAGCGGCGACACGCCCUUCCACCUCGCUGCUCGGCAGAAUAAAGCAGACUGUGUCAAGAUCCUACUCAGAGGGGGCGCCAAACCAAGCACAGAAAACGCGAAUGGCGAAACAGCUCUGGAUAUUGUCAUCCGGAAUGGCUACGGUCAGUGUGAGGAGCUGAUGCGGCAGGCCAUGCUGGGCAAACUGCUGCAGUGUGAGCACGUGGACUUUGACUGGGGGUUGAGUGGCGACAACGAAGACGGAGCUGACUUCAGCGAAGAGGAUGACCUAGAUCAACAGGAGAAACCGCAAAGGAAUUCACGUCUACAGAGUCCAGCCCGACGACCAGCCCACCGACCUCAAACUCUCCUCCAGUCUCCCAGCGGCACAUUUCCCAACAAGUUGAGCCGCGAACGCAUCUCGUCGGAGAAGACAGACGGCAGACGAGCGCGAUCGGCAACAGACAGCGUUGUAAUGGAGCGACCAUCCAUGCCACCACCCCCGGUACCACCCCGAAAAGUAGGGAGCAUCUCAAUGAAGAAGAAGGCCCCCAAUCCCCCUUACAUGACCCACAAGAGAAACGCCUCUGACCCAGCUUUUGUCAAUUCCCCUCCCCCGACCCCUCCAGCAAGGAUUACGUCCAUUAGAGAGAGCCCCAAGGGAGACUCAGGUUCAGAUAGAGGCAACAAAGCCUCACCGACACGCCCAUCAUCCACCACUAUGGAUACCAUGAGGAAGCUACUAACUGAUAAACCCAACCUGUUGCUUAAGAACCGCCCACCGAGCUUUGAAGGCCCGCCCCCAGUUCCUUCCAAGAAGAAACUCUCUACAGCCAGUAUUGAGAGCAACGGCGACGGUAGCAGUCGACCAAUCAGCACCACCAGUUACUACACGGCACACAGCAGCCAAUCAGAUAGCAGGCCGAACAGCCAGCAUGAGAGCCAGCCCAAUAGCAGGCCGGGGAGUGGGCGGAGCUCCACAUCUGGUGUGGAGGAGGAGAAAGGAACAGGCGACGCACCCAUGCCGGCUCCACGUGUGCCGAAGAGUCCUACCGGUACCUCGCAGAAGGGAUUGAGGCGCGUGAGGGCGCUCUACGAUUGCCACGCCGACUACGAAGACGAGCUUGAAUUCGAGGAGGGUGAGAUCAUUGUGGUGACGGGGGAGGCUGACAGCGAGUGGUGGAUUGGGGAAGUGGACGGAAUGCCUCACCGACGAGGAGUCUUCCCGGUCAAUUUUGUGGAGAUCAGCAACGGAUAAUCGAUCGAUUGAUUGAUUGAUUGAUCAAUAGCUGAUAAUCACCCACCAUAGACUUCCUUUGUGAUCAUGUGCUGCUUCUCCAGACACGUAAAUACAAGUAUUUCCAAAUAUCUACUUUUAACAUCCGCCCAUACCAAGUCCUCUAGAAUGCAUUGAAAUUUUCCGUUGUUGCGAAUUGAAGGAAACAGAUUGUAGACAUUUUUGGAAGUUUUCCAGUCUUACUAUCAGAAAACAUACGUUGGAGUUAAGAAUAAAGUUAAGUCCAACUCAUAUCCUGUUUGUUUUCGAAAUAUAUCAAUAGUUCAAAAUCAUCAGAGGGUUUAAGGUAGGGUAGAUCAUUUGUCAUUUGUGCAUUUUUUUUCGUUUGAAGCAAUAAAAGUGCCAAAAAUAGGGUGCUUAGCAACUAUUCUGAUGAAAUUUUAGCUCAGUGAA